AUGCAUGCAACAUCGGUGAACAGUAAAGGAUACAAGGUGUGUGGUGAAGCAAGCAGUGUAUGUGGAACCAUCACUAUCAACAAAAGAAAGUUUGAAGAGAUGAACAGCGAAUUGGAGGAAAACAGGGAGCUGGCCGAGAAUCGGCUCAGUGAACUCCAGAAACUCCAGCAGGACCUGCAGACAGUUUACCAGGAGAAUACUAACAUGAAGGUGGAGCUGUUGUCUAGAGCUGAAGAAGUGGCCAGAGACAGUGCAGAGUAUCGCUGUCUGCAGUCUCAGUUUUCUGUGCUCUACAAUGAAUCUCUGGUGCUGAAAUCUCAGCUGGACGAGACCAAAGCAAGACUCAACACGACCAGGACUGCACGUCUGCGCCAACUGGACCACAUGGAGAAUGAUGAGGUCUCCUUGCAGCGUAAGGUCCGCACUGAAGUCAUUCAGCUGGAAGACACAUUAGCACAAGUGCGCAAGGAGUACGAGAUGCUCAGGAUUGAAUUUGAACAGACAUUAGCUGCUAAUGAACAAGCAGGCCCCAUAAACCGAGAGAUGAGACAUUUGAUCAGUACACUGCAGACCCAUAACCAGCAGAUGAAGGGUGAGGUGGUCAAAUAUAAAAUCAGAUUGAGAGAGGCUCAGCAAGAGCUCAGCCAACUCCGGGCUGCCAAAGGCAAUGCUGCUGUCCAGUCUCAGUCCAGCACGGAGAUGGAUGUAAAGGAAGAGACGGUCUCUCCACUUACCCCUGCCCCGACCACUGACGUUACUGUGAAGGCGGAGCCUGACAGCGGCUCUGCUACACCCAGCACCACUGGCGUAACGGUCAAGACUGAACCAGGUACAGAUGCAGAGACUGUGGUGAAAGAGGAGGAAAAGGAGAAAGAAAAAGAUAAAGAAAAAGAAAAGGAAAAGGACAAAGAGAAGGAGCAAAGAGAAAGAGAGCGGGUGACGCGUGGCAGCACCGGAAGCUUAGGGGUGAAAGAAGAGAGAGACAAAGCUGGCGCCAGCAGCAGCCAAUCAGAAGACAUCGCAGUUGAACGCUGUGCUGUAAUUGGAGGGCCUAAACGCAAGGAGAUGGAGCAGCUGAAAAUAGUGCGGGUGGAGCUGAAGAAAGCUCAAGAGUCCCAGAGGGAGAUGAAGCUGUUGUUGGACAUGUACCGCUCAGCACCGAAAGAACAGAGGGAUAAAGUGCAGCUGAUGGCAGCUGAGAAGAAGACUAAGUCAGAGGCCGAGGAGCUCCGUCAGCGGGUGCGAGAGCUGGAGGAGAGGGAGAGGAGAGAAGGAAAGAAGAUGGCAGAUGAAGAAGCUCUCAGAAAGAUCCGCUCUGUGGAGGAGCAGAUCGAUAUUCUCAAUAAGAAACUCUCUCUUGCCAAGCAGGAGGAAGAUGCUUUGCUGAGUGAAAUGGACGUGACGGGCCAGGCGUUUGAAGACAUGCAGGAGCAGAACAUUCGUCUGAUGCAGCAGCUCAGAGAGAAGGAUGAUGCCAACUUCAAACUCAUGAGCGAGCGCAUCAAAUCCAACCAGAUCCACAAACUCCUCAAAGAGGAGAAAGAGGAGCUCGCUGACCAGCUGCUCACACUUAAAACACAGGUGGAUGCUCAGCUACAGGUGGUUCGGAAGCUGGAGGAGAAAGAGCGCCUCCUGCAGGGCACCAUCAGCGCAGCAGAGAGAGAGCUGGGGCUUCGCACGCAGGCAUUAGAGAUGAACAAACGCAAGGCGCAGGAGUCCGUGCUGCUGUCGGAGGAGGUGAGGACUCAGCUGGAGGGGGUGCAGCAGAGAUUGCGUUCAGUCAGAGAAGAGGUGAUUGAGAACAGCAUCUCACGAGAGAAGGAGUCUUUCAAUGCCAGACGUGCACAGGAGGACAUAUCCAAACUCCGCAGGAAGAUCGAGAAGGCCAAGAAACCGGCAGAGAACAUUCGAAAUGGAGAUGAGAUCCUGAAUGAAGAAAUAAACGAAUACAAGGCCCGAUUGACUUGUCCAUGCUGCAAUUCACGCGUAAAGGACGCAGUUCUGACAAAGUGCUUCCACGUAUUCUGUUUCGAGUGCGUGAAGACACGUUACGACACCCGUCAGAGAAAGUGCCCAAAGUGCAAUGCUGCAUUUGGUGCCAACGACUUCCACCGCAUAUACAUCGGUUGAAGCUUGUGAAUCACAGCACCUGCAUCUGUUUGGUCCAGUUUCUCAGCGUUGUUCUGCGGUUGGAGCGUGUCCGGUAUUGGGCGAGCAUCAAGUGUUUUACAUUCCAUUUGAUUCGCUCUUCAGAAAACAACCGACAUGUUGAUUAGACGUCCCAGCAUCGGUUUAGCAGAACUAACCUGGUCACAUUCCACAGGUCUGUCUUAGCCAACGUUUCUCACAAAAGCUGCUGCUUGCCUCAAAGACUGUCCUCAAGGUUUGUUGACUUCUUUGAGUUAAAACUGCCUCGACCAGAUCUCCCAUUCCAGCUUAACAUUAACUUAACUACCCAGAACCAAUGUGAACCCAUGAACACGAGUGAGCCUACAGACCUGUUUUUGAAAACAAGCUGUCUAGUCAACUGGGCAGUGGUUCGUUUGCUGAAAAGCUUGCAUUGUAAUUUUUGUAUUGUCUGCUUUUUCUUUGACUGCCUGUAGUGAUGUUUGUGCAACUGCUUCAUUGAAAUACAUUAAAAGUCUAUUGAUGUAAAUUCA